GACAGGGAGGGAUGCGUACAGUCUCUAUUCUGACUCAAUUCAACCUCUGACGACUCACUUCAAGGCUUAAAUCGAGUUAACCUAAUGAAGACUUUUUCACGUGGACAUACAGCACACCGUGGUGGUUUGGAGGUUAUUUCAAUGGAUACUGUUACAGCAGCAUCGGUUGCAUUAUGCUCCCAUUUAACUAAUGAACACAUGGAAACUGUACGACAGAAGGAGGUCGACGGUGAUCAUGGCGGCCACUAAGAGAAUGACAAUCACGCCCGAAUGCAUCUACUCCACUGUCAACAGGCUAAAGAAGGAAUGUGUUGGUGAGAGAAGUGUUUUCCAUAUCUCUUCAGGAGAAAACAAGCAAACUGGGAAAAGAAGAGAGGGGGUACCAAAACUCCCCUUCACCCCAUUAGACAACCUGAGCAACCAGUGGGGAGAAUUACCUGUGAUGGCUUCCAGGAGGCCGAGCUUCGACCCUCACAGUAAUGAUAACACUCUCUUGGUGGGCAACAAGCUCCCUAGAGCCAAUGGAGGCAACAUCAAGGACAAGAUUUCUCUGUGGGAGGGGAAGGAACCCACUCAUCCACCCAUCACCUCAGGUUCUUUGGGCCAGAGCGCCGGCAUAAAAAGGACAGAAUCCCUGACAAAAAACAGGAAAACUUCUGAAGAGCCGAGUGCAGAGAGUUGCAGGAGAGUACCCUAUAAGGAAAAGGAAAAUCCUGGGAAAGAGAAUUUAGGUAAACUUGGGGAUUCAAGGCCUUGUUCACCUGUUGAAACUGGGAAUCAGCAAAGAGGAACGCUCAAAAGCAGCAAGCCCAGUGGAAACCACAAAGGAGAGGAUUGCGGCAGAGUUGUGCAGAAGGAAAAGCAAGAUCACGAGAAAGAGAAUGUAGAAAAGCUUGUUGGUUCAAGAGCUUGUUCGCCUACAGUAGCAGUACAGCAGCCAGUGGGCACGUUGAGGAAAAGCAAUGAAAGACCUGCAGAACAGACCAGCCAGGAGAAGAGAUCUGUAUUCACCCUUUUUAAAAACCUGGAGGCUAUGGGGAAGAAUGAUGGGAAAACCCCUCCAGAGCUUGGAAACUACUUCAGCCCACCAAGCAAGGACAAACAGGCGGGUCAAACUGGUGCAGCGAAAGGGAAGCAGCACCAGGAGAAUGUGUACACAGAGCCAGGAGCGCUCCCAAUCAACCCAGUCCCCAAACCCAGACGAACCUUUGAGCAUCCAGCCACCGCCCCCGUUGGGAAGAGUCAGAGGAAGGGGAGGGAGCAGAGGAACCUCCCCCCACUGCCCUCAAUCUCUACAAAGAGUUCCUCAAAACCUCCAUCUGGGGUCUACGGGAGACCCAGGGGAGAGAGAGUCAGAGACAACGUCAACAGGAAAUCCUUUGAGUUUGAAGACCUCGAAGGGUCAACUAGUCCGCUCUUCUCUCGCUCCCUGUCUCAGGAACAUCACUAUGAAGACAUCCCAGACUCGUCCAAAGAGAACCCAUAUGAGGACAUAGAGUUGGAGAGCCAAUGUUCCCAGCAGUCUUUGCCCUCCUCUCCUGGCGCAGACACCACCAAGACCUCAAGGCCCGGUUUCUUCAGGCAGAAUUCAGGCAGGAGCUUCAAACUGCUGGACCUGCGGAGAACCAACCAGUCGCCCCAAAGCACCAGCAGCGGGGGCGUUUCAUCUCCACCCAAGCUUAGCCCUCCCUCCACUCCCACUGGGCCCGAACAAACCUCCUGGCUUUCCGGAGAUCCCUACAGCCACACCUGCCGCAGGAUACCAACGGUUGUACUAAGAAUCAACAGCAUCUUUGAGGCUCGGAUCGGGAAGAAACGUCUACGAAGGAUCUAUCAUUACGCCGAGACAAGCUCAGGGAGAGUAACAGAUGAGAACAGUGACUCUGAGAGUGAAGUUGAAGAAAGAGCGAAAGCUCAUCGUCAGCGCCUUGUGUCAGUCAAGUCCAUACUGAGCCAACCAAGCCAGGCCCACUACAACGGCACCAGCACAAGAAACAGCUCUCUGGAACAGGAGCUCCACCAGCGUCGGCUCUUUGAAUAUUUUCUAGUUGUGUCACUGCAGAAGUCGAAGGCCGGUGCCCACUAUUUGCCGGAGGUCACGCAGCAGUUCCCCCCGAAGCUGGAGCGGAGCUUUAAGUUCAUGAGGGAGACGGAGGAUCAGCUGAGGAUCAUUCCUCAGUUCUGUUUCCCUGAUGCAAAAGACUGGGAGCCGGUGGAGAACUACCCAAGUGAGAUGUUCUCCUUUGUUUUGACUGGAGAGGAUGGGAGCAGGAGGUUCGGAUACUGCCGGCGUUUACUGCCCAGUGGAAAAGGUAAACGUCUACCAGAAGUCUACUGUAUUGUCAGUCACCUCGGCUGUUUCAACCUAUUCUCAAAGGUGCUGGAUGAGGUGGAGAGAAGGAGGGCUUUGUCUCCAGCCCUUGUGCAGCCUUUUAUGAGAGCCAUCAUGGAGGCUCAGUUUCCAGCUCCAGGCAGAACCAUCACCAUUAAAACUUUCCUCCCCGGCUCAGGCACUGAGGUGAUGGAGCUCUGUCGGCCCUCUGACUCGCGCCUGGAGCACGUGGACUUUGAGUGUCUGUUCUCCUGUCUGAGUCUGCGGCUUCUCCUCCGUGUGCUGGGGUCUCUGCUGCUUGAGCGAAGGGUCAUCUUCACCGCUGACAAGCUCAGUACUCUCUCCCAGUGUUGCCAUGCUGUCGUGGCGCUGCUUUACCCCUUUGUGUGGCAGCACACCUACAUCCCCGUGCUGCCCUCGGCCAUGCUCGACAUCGUCUGCACUCCAACCCCGUUCAUAGUUGGCCUGCUGUCCAGCUCCCUUCCCCAGCUCACUGAGCUGCCCCUGGAGGAGGUUCUGGUUGUGGAUCUUGGAAACAGUAGAUUUCUCAGACAAUUGGACGAUGAGGACUCCAUCCUGCCCUCUAAGCUCCAAUCAGCCCUGGAGACUGUUCUUGAGAGGAGAAGAGAGCUGGCUAAUGAGAGAGUAGGAGACACACCUGGUGAUUCUGGCCAUCUUAGUACCGUUGUGUCCGAGGCCUUUGUGCGUUUCUUCGUGGAGCUGGUAGGCCAUUAUCCACUCUUCAUCACAGGUGAACGGGAAGACGGCUACUCGUCCUCUUCCUCCUCCCCGGUCCCCUGCCUCUUCCAGCGCGAAGGUUUUCGUAAAGCAAUCCUGUCCAAGACUGUGCGUCGCUUCCUGGAUGUCUUCAUGGAGACCCAGAUGUUCGGCUGGUUUAUCCAGGAGAGAGAGCUCCACAGGCAAGCUCUGAGAGGACUGUUUGAAGUGAGGGUGCAGGAAUAUCUAGACUCCAUCCACGAGAACGAACACCGGAGGGUCAACAGGUUUCUCAAAGGCUUGGGAAACAAAAUGAAGUUUCUUUCCAAGAAAUAAUGCCACUGUAAUUGCACACAAAGAGACACAAACUAAAAAGAAGAAGCAUUAAAAAAAGGAAAGACUUCACGGACUGCAGAAAUACGACAAAGGAAAUGAUCAUUUGAGUGCUUUUUCAGAGACGCUCCUUCACGCCAUCCUCCUCCGUAUCACCAUGUGUGACUUUUGCUCAAGGACUCAUGAUGGACACAGGGAAGCUGUAGUGAAUCUCAAAAGGGGAAAUUGUGCUGUAUUUCACAUAAAUAAAGAAAUUAGGGACUGUAGACUCACAUAAAUAUUUAAGAGGUUCCUGGUUGGUUUGUUUUUUAUGUUAUAUUCUUCAUGCAACAGCACUCAUGACCACAAAUAACACCUGAAUAAAUUAGUAUGUAGUGCAAAGGACACACUGAAUGGUUCGAUGAGUACGAAAACUAAGUAGUAUGGUAGUCAUUCAACCUUUCACUGUAACUUGACCUGAAAGUUCACAGUCACUGCCUUCUCAAUCCACAAGGGGGCAGUAGUUUGUUUUCUCUGAUUAGAUGAUCUUGACACUGUCAGUGACUGACCAGAAAAUGACACAGACCUGCUUUCCCGCUCUUUAUAUGCUUCAAUAAAUAAUAGAUAAAUAUUCCCUGUUU